AUGACGAAAAGCGAAGAAAAAAAAUGGAUAGAACAAUUACGAAUGAACCCACCAAAAUUAUUAGAUGAAAAUGAUUUAAGGUUAGUAUGUCAGAGAGUAAAGGAAAUAUUAGUUGAAGAAAAUAAUGUUCAGGCAAUAAGUCCGCCUGUUAUAAUAUGUGGAGACAUACAUGGUCAAUUUUUUGAUUUAUUAGAGUUAUUUGAUGUUGGUGGUGAUAUAAUGAAUAAUGAUUAUAUAUUUUUGGGAGAUUAUGUAGAUAGAGGUUAUAAUAGUGUAGAAACAUUUGAAUAUUUAUUAUUAUUAAAAUUAUUAUUUCCUAAAAAUAUAACUUUAUUAAGAGGAAAUCAUGAAAGCAGACAAAUUACAACUGUUUAUGGAUUUUAUGAUGAAUGUUUUAAAAAGUACGGAAAUGCAAAUGCAUGGAAGUACUGUACAGAUAUAUUUGACUAUUUAACAUUAGCAGCUCUUGUUGACAAUCAAAUUUUUUGUGUACAUGGUGGUUUAUCUCCAGAGAUAAAAUUAAUUGAUCAGUUAAGGCUAAUCAAUAGAGUGCAAGAAAUACCACACGAGGGGGCUUUCGGAGAUAUCAUGUGGUCGGAUCCUGAUGAGGUAGAUGACUGGGUAGCUAAUCCAAGAGGUGCAGGAUGGUUAUUUGGACCUAAAGUUACAAAAAAAUUUAAUUAUAUUAACAACCUUGAACUAAUAGCUAGAGCUCAUCAACUAGCUAUGGAAGGAUAUAGAUAUAUGUUUGAUGACUCUACAAUUAUUACUGUAUGGUCAGCUCCAAAUUAUUGUUAUCGCUGUGGAAAUGUUGCAGCAAUAAUGAGAAUUGAUGAAAAUAUGAAUAGGCAAAUGCUAAUAUUUAAAGAUACGCCUGAUUCAAGAAAUUCUAUUAAAAAUAAAGCUACAAUUCCAUAUUUUUUAUAA